UUACAUAUGAACAAAUGAACAUUUGUGAUGAAGUAUGAUUGAUUACAUUUUUACCUAUUUCUUACAUGUGUUUAUGCUUUUCUGAUAUUUAGAUUUGAUCUGACUGUUGAAUGAGUGAUUAGAUUUAUUCAGUGGAUGAAAUUUUAAAUGUUUCUUAGAAUAAAUGGCAAAGAAAGUUAAAAUAAAUCAUUCCUGAACAGUUAAAAAGGAAUCUCUGUACACACCUGUGUAAGAUUGUUAAAAUGUUAAAUAAUAAGAAAAUGUAAAAUGUGGAAAAUAACAACCAGGUUAAAUAGACAAUAAAAAUGAUAAUUCCCCAAAGUAUGAAAUGUACGAUUACUGCAGCAAAAAUAUUUAUGCAUGUUAUGAUAGUUAGUUUAUUUCUAUUUGCAUGAACUAGGUUUUAAAAGAACUUGUGAACGCCACAACUUUCUUGGUUUUGAACUGAUUUAUUGAAGUUCUUUCCCAGUUUUCCACCCGUAUUACACAGAGAAACUCAUAUUCACUAGUACGUCCCUAACAACUCAUGUCUUACGAUUUGAGAGUCUGUCCUCUACCAAAAUCUGCUUAGUUAACUUAGUCCACUAUCUGUUACCAGUUAAGCUUCCUUCUUUUUCUACCUUAAAGUUUUCUCUACUUCAAGUUAUAAGCUCUUUUUCUGUUUUCUUCUUCUUUCUACCUUUAUUUUCACAAAAUUCCCUAAAAUUUCUCUAAUUCUCUCAUUCCCCCCUAGUUUAUGUGUCUCCAACACAUAAACUGCUGAAUUUAGCAGAGCUAUUACCUCUCAGUAUUAUUUUACACAUUGCUUCACAUACACUGCUCCACACAUCCCACACACACAGGAAUCUUUACAGAAGUGCACAGCCAUCUCACAGCCUCUCCAGACGGAUCCACACAGUCAUACUCGCCCUCUCUGGACCUGCUGCUGCGCGCUGAGAACUGAAGAGAAGCGGGACACUGGAUCUGCCUUGUUUGGUGACGCAUUAUGUUGUGGAGUAUUUCCUGGCUCUUGAUGCCAUUGUGUGAUUUAUUUUGUGGAAGCAGAUGUGGUGGAGAAAUAGUCUGUGAUGGCAUUUUGUAGUUUACUGUCCUUGAUAACGUUCCAUAGUUUUGUGAAGCCAUCGUCUGGUUGAUAACUUCUCCUCUCUUCUCGGUGCUGUACUGUUGUUUCCCCUUUGGUGUCCUUGGUGUCUUCAUAGCCGUUUCUGUGAUAUGGUGACUUCAUCAUAUGAAGAUCUUCUUCUCUGGAUCCUACUAUUUUGUAGUAAAUUACUUUAAGCUUAUGAUGUGACAAAAAUACUUUCAGGUAAAAGAAGAGCUCCGGACAUCAGCUUUAUGUAAAAAUAAUGAUGGUUUAUUACAAAAUGUGACAUCGUAAACAGAUAUGCAUCUCUGUGAGGUCUCUGAAGCCAAUUGUAGAAAAACCCCCUGACCAGAUGUGGGUGUGGUCUUAUACUCUUUAGACAAAUACAUUUCUUAUUAAUGAAUACCAGAUGUUCCUCUGUGAGUCCAGUCUCAAGGACAGAGAACCUUAUACGAUUUCAGAAGCAGAUGACUCAAAUCUCUCAGACCAGCAAGACAAAAGCCUCAGAAGUUUCACCAAACUACUGGUCACCUGUCCAGGUCGUACCCUACCCCUUGCCUAGCAACAACUGGGAUUAGCUCCAACCCCACCCUGUGAUUGAAAUAAAGUAUUACACCAACACCACUUCAGAGGAAUGGACAAAAAAAGAAAUAUAAUGAUAUUCUGUCUGCUUAUGGCAGCUACAUGCUGCCCUGUGUUUAGUGCAGAGUGGAAGGCCACUGUUGUAAAACAGCUUAAGGCCCUGGUUUCUUCCUGUGUUGUGGUUCCCUGUUCGUUCACCCAUCCUGGAGGAGAGCUGCCUGCUUCCAAACUCAGAGCCAUUUGGCAUCGUUUGGACGUAAAGACCCAAAAUAUAUACCAUGAAGAUUCUAAAAAGAUCUUGGACAGCUUUAAGGGCAGAACCCAGCUCUUAGGAAAGCUGGGUCAGGGCAACUGCACCCUAGAAAUAAUUGAAAUUAAAGAUCAUGACAACGGCCCUUUUUGUUUCCGGAUUGAACUAGUGAAGACACCUGAUGACCCACCCACUAAAGAGAAGGUCUCCUUUGUUGAAGAUUGUGUUGAGUUAAAAAUGCACCAUGAUGACAUAAAACCUGAACUGCAUCAACUGAAGACACCUGUUCAAGGAAAACCUUUUACUAUCACCUGUUCAGUCCAUCAUACCUGUCCCUCACACAAACCUGAACUCUCAUGGAAUCGGGGAAAAGCAGACGAGAUCAGUGAGAUUCAAACAAACAUGAAUUUUGGCAACUGGAAGACAGAGUCCAUCCUGACAUUCAUUCCUGAGGAGAAGGAUGACCACACUAAUCUCACCUGCACAGUUGUGUUUAAUGGAGGAUUGAAAUCCUCCACAACCAUCACUCUCUAUGUAAAACGCACAGAAAACUAUAAUCACAUAAUCAUUCCUGUAACAGUGGCAGUUGGUACUGCUAUGAUCUUUGGACUUCUCUGCAUUUUUAUGGUGAAAAAAUACAAGGAGCGCAUUGCAGAGCUGCAGAGUCGAGAUGGCAGGAGACCAAAAGGGGACAUAGUGGAAUUUGGUAACAGACAGCUGAAGUCCUGCAAUUACAGAGGGGACCUUGAUGACGGUGACGAUAUGAAUACUGCAGAUUUAAAUGUCUAUAAAACAUAUCAGAAAGUUUCAGAGAAAGUUUAUGAUCAACACAAACAACAAGUCUACUCUUAUCAUGCUCGCAAUCACUUGUGAUCAGCUACCUUCAUUCAAAGAUAAUAACAAGGCAAAAAAUAAUACCUGUGCUAUACUACCAAGGGUUAGCCUACAGUUAUACUUAAAAUGAUUAAUAUGUGACAAUCCCUUGUUAUAUCUUUUCACAGAAGUAACCUCCUAUGUUAAGCCAUUAUUAAAUCCCAAAAUUCAUAUUUUGUGUUCUGAUUUUUUUUAUAUAUAUAAAAAUUCUGUCUGCUGUUAUUUGCAUAAAAUUAAAUACUUAUUUGAAAGUAAUAAGACUUUUGCGUGUGUGUGU